UGACAUCUCGCGAGAACGACGUCCAGCACGCACUCGCUAGCGGGGCUAAUGAGCUGCUAUUGAGUAACAUGUACACCCAGUCACAGAUGGUGUGAACGAAUGCGAACGAAUGAACAAGACAACCGAGGAAUGGAGUGUAGAGAUAUCAAAGAUCAGUGUCCACUGGUCCAAGCCAUUUUCAGCAGAAAUACUGAAGAAGUGACAUUUUUGCUAAGCCAUAAAGAGGAUGUCAAUUCAUUGGACCGCGAACAAAGCACGCCGCUUCACGCCGCCGCCUACCUCGGCGAAGUGAACAUGAUGGAAGUACUUAUCGGCGCAGGUGCCAAUGUCAACGCCAAGGACCAAGGUUUGUUGACUCCUUUACAUCGAGCGGCCGCCUCCAGAAAUGAAAGGGCCGUGGAGCUGCUUUUAAAGCACGGUGCGGAAAUCGACGCACGGGACCAAUUCUGGCACACGCCGCUUCACGUGGCCGCGGCAAACUGGGCGACGCGCUGCGCCGAAUCGCUGAUGCCGCUGGCGCGCGGCCCGGAUGUCUACGACCGCUCGGGAAGAACGCCUUUGCAUCACGCGGUGUACAGCGGAAACGCAGAGAUGGUGAACUGGCUUCUCGGCAACGGCGCCGACGCGAGCGGCAAAGACAAAAUGGAAAGGCGACCCAUCCACUGGGCCGCGUAUCUCGGUCAUUUGGACAUUGUGAAGAUGCUGGUGUCUCACGGCACGGAUGCCGCGUGCAAAGACGAACGUGGCUCGACGCCGCUCCACGCCGCAGCCAUUGGCGGACAUUUAGAUGUGCUCAAAUAUCUGUUGGAACUAGGAGUGGAGACCGACCAAGCCGACGCGUUCGGAAACACGGCGCUCCACGCGGCCUGCCGCGCGGGUCGGGACGCCGCGGCCUCCGAGCUGGUGAACCGCGGCGCCGACGUCGACCGGGCCAACCGCCGCGGCGAGGCUCCGCUGCACCUGGCCGCCGCCUCCUCCGGCGGGGCGCCGUGUCUGGAGCUGCUCGUCGACAACGGGGCCGACGUCAACGCGGGGAGUAAGGAAGGGAAGAGCCCUUUGCAUAUGGCCGCUACGCACGGCCGCUUCACGGGCUCCCAGAUCCUUAUCCAAAAUGGCGGCGAGACGGAUUGCGCGGACAUAUACGGCAACACUCCUCUACAUGUCGCCGCCCGUUACGGUCAGGAGUUGUUGAUCAGCACUCUGCUGACAAACGGUGCCGACAAAGCCAGACAGGGGAUGCACGGAAUGCUUCCGUUACACCUGGCUGCGCUGUACGGCUUUUCGGAUUGCUGUCGCAAGUUGCUCACAAAUGGCCAUUAUUACAACACGGCGCCUUCUUCAACAAACUGUCAAAUGCCUUCCUUUGGCUUUGAUAUAAACACACAAGACGAACUCGGGAGGACCUGUUUGCACGCGGCCGCAUUUGGAGGAGAUCUCGACUGUCUGAACAUGUUGUUGGAUAGCGGAGCCGACUUAGACGUCAAGGAUCAUUUGGGAAGGUCUCCUUUGCACUACGCCGCCGCCAACGGUAACGGCCGGUGCGCCGUCACGCUGGUGAGAGGCGGCUCGGAGAUCAACGAGUUAGACCUGAUGGGCUGCGGCCCUCUGCACUACGCCGCCGCAUCGCGCUCCUUCUUCGGCGGAGAGACCGGCGCAGACUUGGAAAAGGAACAAGAAGCCUCUCUCUGUUUGGAGUAUUUGCUGGACAGUGGAGGAAACCCAACCGUAAAGAACACAAAAGGUUACAGUGCGGUCCACUACGCGGCAGCUUACGGCAACAGGCAUCACCUGGAAAUGCUCUUAGAGAUUUCUUUCAACUGUCUGGAAGAGGCUGAAAGUAAUAUUCCUGUCAGUCCACUUCACUUAGCCGCAUAUUACGGUCACCGCGAAGCCCUCCGCCUGCUGUGCGAGACCUUGGUGAGUCUGGACGUGCGAGACGCGGACGGACAAAGUGCCCUCCACCUCGCCGCUGGGAGAGGUUUUACCCCCUGCGUAGAGGUGCUGCUGGAACACGGAGCUUCCUGCACGCUGAGAGAUGAUAAGCGGAAGAGGACCGCUCUCCAUGCCGCAGCCGCGGGAGGCCACGUGGACUGUCUGCUCUUGCUGGUGAAUGGGGAACACGGCGCCGACAUUAUCGACGGUCAAGAUACACGAGGACAGACCGCUCUCAUGUUGGCUGCUCUGGGUCGUCAUACGGAUUGCGUCCACAUCCUGUUGGAAAAAGGAGCCGAUCCGGACGCCGGCGACCAAAAGGGCUCGACCGCAUUACAUCGAGCUGCGGCGCUGGGCUGCGCGGACGGCGCGUCGGCUUUAUUGGAACACGGCGCCUCCGCUCUGUGUCGGGACGCUCGCGGAAGGACGCCGCUGCAUUUGGCCGCGUCGUGCGGCCACGCGCGGUUACUACGCGCUUUAUUACAAGCUGCGAUGAAAGCGGACCCUCUGGACUCCAUGUUGGAUUACAGAGGCUACACGCCCACUCACUGGGCCGCCUACCGUGGUCAUGAAGGAUGUUUACGCAUUUUACUUGAAAAGAAGCUUUUUGGCAACCAGGAAGGAAAUUCCUUCAAGCCGUUGCACUGUGCUUUAAUUAAAGGUCACGACGUCGCUGCUGGACUUCUCCUAAAGACGGUCGGAACUCAAAUCAUCCGUGGUCGUGAUGCCAAAGGAAGGACCCCGCUGCACGCUGCCGCCUACUCGGGAAACGUCACGGGGCUCCGACUGCUCCUGGCCCGAGGGGCGGAGCUGGACGCUCGGGACCGCGGCGGACGCUCCGCUUUAAUGGUCGCCGCUGACCGCGGACAUAGCGCGGCCGUCGAAUUCUUGGUGCACAAGGUGAAGCCAGACCUGACCCUGGUGGAUGUCAAUAAUAACACAGCCCUUCACUUAGCGUGCAUUAAGGGUCACGAGAUGUGCGCCCUGCUGCUUCUAGGAGUCAUCGGCGACCGCUCUCUCAUCGACGCCACCAACGACGCGCUCCAAAUGCCCCUCCACAUCGCGGCGAGGAAAGGUCUGGCGACGGUGGUACAGGUGCUACUCGGCAGAGGAGCGGCGGUCACGGCCGUGGACGGCGAAGGCCGCACCCCAGCUCUGGCUUGCGCCCCCAACGAGAAAGUGGCCGACUGCCUCGCCCUGAUCCUUUCCACCAUGAAGCCUUUUCCCGGCAUCUCCGGUUUCAACCCGACUCGAAAUAACUGCGGAAUGGCCGCCGGUCGCGGCUCCGACGGAGGAUUGCGUCAUCCCUACGUGGAGGGGCGUUCCGGCGCCGUCGACCUGCACCGGUGUCUCACGGAGUGAGAGUUUGUCCUACUUCCUCUGACGUAUCAUCGGCUCGACACUUUUGCGACAUUUACUAACGGUGCCUCUUUAAGUCUCACUAAUGAUAUUCAACCUGAGCGCAUACUGUAUGUCGGUGUCAGUUGGAUGAAAGCAUAAAACAGAAGCCGUCCGUUGUUGACUUUCUUGGGCCUCUGCUGCUAGACACCAAAAUGCUCCAAUGCUUGAUUGUUUACACGCUAGUUGUGCGCAUGUAUUUGUUUCUUAUUUUUGAAUAUUAUCAAAUGGUAAGUUGAAUCCUUUAUGCACCUACACUAAAUAAUGCCUAUUAGUCUGAUGUCAGGAUCCACAUAGCUACUGUAUAUUUUCAUGUGUGAUUUGUCUUUGUCAAUCUUGAAAGAUAAGCUCACCAACUUGUACUACGUACUUGCGCUGUGGCGCAAUUCUAAGCACAUUUUGAGCAGGGCUCUGUCUCAAUAUAAUAAAUGACGGCGGACCUUGCUAAGCUUCUCGCUCUGUGACAUCAGCAAAUGUUUCAAAUAAGCUCAUUUACUGUUUGAACAAUUCAAUUGUAUGUUUGAAAUGAUGGAAAGAAGUCUAAUUUCACAUGUUGCACCGUUGAAAGCAGAAUCGGAACAUCCAAAAGCAACAUUUCUAAGUGACUGAAGACAUCCAGUGAAAGACUGAAUGGUUUUCAAUAAUAAAUGUGUGCCACUGCCGGAGCAGAAAAAUGUGAAGUGACAUUGAACUCUGGUGUUGAUCGAUCGGCUAUUAUGAUAACCGAGCGCUUACUUGAACUCAUGUCAUCUUUUAAUUGACAAAUGCGACAGCAUUUGAAAAUGGCUUUAAUGUAUUUGCACUCCAACAUUAAUGUUUACAUUUGACAAUAUUCAUGAUGAUUUUGAAAUCUUUGUGUUUAGAGGAUUAAAACCUAUGCAGUUUGGGCAUGACGCCCUUGUUUGGGGGGACUUCUAUGUAAGUUGUGUCUUGCGCACAGCUUUUUGACAUUUCAAUGAAAUUUAACAGAGAAAUAAACAGACAACUUUGCCAUGAGUCUGGGCUUGUUUGUU